AUGUACGCGCACACCCAUCCGUCACUACUAACGCUCCCUCUCUCCAGUCGCCCACGCUCCCUCCCCUCUAACAAGAAUGGGACACCCCGCGCCUUGCACCUCCCCUUCCUCCUGCUACGCCACACCCCACACUCUCGUCUCCCCAUCCCUCAUCUCCCCUUCCCUCGUCUCCCCAUCCCUCAUCUCCCCUUCCCUCGUCUCCCCAUCCCUCAUCUCCCCUUCCCUCGUCUCCCCAUCCCUCAUCUCCCCUUCCCUCGUCUCCCCAUCCCUCAUCUCCCCUUCCCUCGUCUCCCCAUCCCUCAUCUCCCCUUCCCUCGUCUCCCCAUCCCUCAUCUCCCCUUCCCUCGUCUCCCCAUCCCUCAUCUCCCCUUCCCUCGUCUCCCCAUCCCUCAUCUCCCCUUCCCUCGUCUCCCCAUCCCUCAUCUCCCCUUCCCUCGUCUCCCCAUCCCUCAUCUCCCCUUCCCUCGUCUCCCCAUCCCUCAUCUCCCCUUCCCUCGUCUCCCCAUCCCUCAUCUCCCCUUCCCUCGUCUCCCCAUCCCUCAUCUCCCCUUCCCUCGUCUCCCCAUCCCUCAUCUCCCCUUCCCUCGUCUCCCCAUCCCUCAUCUCCCCUUCCCUCGUCUCCCCAUCCCCCUCAUCUCCCCUUCCCUCGUCUCCCCAUCCCUCAUCUCCCCUUCCCUCGUCUCCCCAUCCCUCAUCUCCCCUUCCCUCGUCUCCCCAUCCCUCAUCUCCCCUUCCCUCGUCUCCCCAUCCCUCAUCUCCCCUUCCCUCGUCUCCCCAUCCCUCAUCUCCCCUUCCCUCGUCUCCCCAUCCCUCAUCUCCCCUUCCCUCGUCUCCCCAUCCCUCAUCUCCCCUUCCCUCGUCUCCCCAUCCCUCAUCUCCCCUUCCCUCGUCUCCCCAUCCCUCAUCUCCCCUUCCCUCGUCUCCCCAUCCCUCAUCUCCCCUUCCCUCGUCUCCCCAUCCCUCAUCUCCCCUUCCCUCGUCUCCCCAUCCCUCAUCUCCCCUUCCCUCGUCUCCCCAUCCCUCAUCUCCCCUUCCCUCGUCUCCCCAUCCCUCAUCUCCCCUUCCCUCGUCUCCCCAUCCCUCAUCUCCCCUUCCCUCGUCUCCCCAUCCCUCAUCUCCCCUUCCCUCGUCUCCCCAUCCCUCAUCUCCCCUUCCCUCGUCUCCCCAUCCCUCAUCUCCCCUUCCCUCGUCUCCCCAUCCCUCAUCUCCCCUUCCCUCGUCUCCCCAUCCCUCAUCUCCCCUUCCCUCGUCUCCCCAUCCCUCAUCUCCCCUUCCCUCGUCUCCCCAUCCCUCAUCUCCCCUUCCCUCGUCUCCCCAUCCCUCAUCUCCCCUUCCCUCGUCUCCCCAUCCCUCAUCUCCCCUUCCCUCGUCUCCCCAUCCCUCAUCUCCCCUUCCCUCGUCUCCCCAUCCCUCAUCUCCCCUUCCCGCAUCUCCCCUUCCCUCAUCUCUCCAUCCCUCGUCUCCCCAUCCCUCAUCUCCUCAUGCCUCCCCACCCCAUCCCUCACCUCCCCAUCUCUCACCUCCCUAUGCCUCACCUCUCCAUCGCUCAUCCAUCCAUCCCUCAUCUCCCCAUGCCUCACCCCAUCUCCGCCGCACCCCGUGGCAUCGUCACACGUCGCCAUUUCCCACCUCUUCCUACUUCCCAUCCCCCUCUUCCGCCCCCUUCCUACCCCCUUCUCUCAAUCCCUUCAUCUCGCCCUGCCAUCCUACUUCCCAUCCCCCUUUCCUCGUUUCCCCAGACCUCCUUUCUAUCCCGUCAUUCCCUCUCCCUCCGUUCCCCAUCCUUCCAUUCUCCAUGCCUACUUUCACCAUUCCACCAUACCCCAACCCACGACCUUCCCGUCAUCUCCACCCGGGUACAACCUAAAUCUCCGACUCACUCAAUCUCCUCCUCACCCCAUCUCUUCCCAAACUCAUCUCCUCCUAACCCCAUCUCCUCCUAUACACAUCCGCUUCUUUCCCCUUCCCUCGUCACCGCGUCCCCUCCUCUCCCCAUCCCCUCCUCUCCCCCCCAUCCCGUCCCCUCCCGUCCUCUCCCCAUCUGCCCAUCCCACCUCACCACUUCCCUCCUCUUCCCAUCCAUCCUCUCCUCAUCCCUCCCCAUCCGUCCAUUCCCCAUCCGAUCCUCUCACCCUCCCCUCCAGGUGUUUCCCACACCGCCCUUGGCCCAGCAGCACCUCUUCAUCCCUUGUGCUUUUCUGCACCAGGGAGCUACUUGGGGCGCUGUGGGCGGAUGGCGGUGGGCAGAGUCACGCAGCAGAGGCAGACGUGGUGCUGCUUGUCCUCCCCUUCCCCCGUCCUCCCAUCCUCUCUUCCUCCCUUCAUCACUUCCUCCCUUCAUCAGUUCUUCCCUUCCUGCAUUCCUCCCUUAUGCCCUCAAUCACAUUCUUCAUCCUUUCUCCCAUCCUUUUUUUCCUCCCUGCAUCCAUUCAUCUGUUCCACCCUUCAUCCAUCCAUCCUUCCCUUCCUCUGUCCCUCUCUUCCUCUUCGUGUUGCUUCCUUGUCAGUUAUUCUUUUGUAUGCUUACCGGCUAGAAUGUUGGUUGUUUGA